GGUAGGAAAAGCAGAACACUAUCUCAUUUUUUCGUUUGUGAUUUAGACCUAUCCGAUUAGCUUGAAAUCUAAUGUCUCACUCGUCAGUAAAUGUGCAAUUCGGCAUACCGUUUCGAGAUAGUCGCAAACUAUAUCCCAGAUAGCUCUAACUCCGCAACCGAGACGCCGGACUCCACACUUGCAAGGUCGUCAAGCGAUAGCGCAUACUCACCGAAAAAGGAAACUCAUCACAUGGUCGUCGGUGACCGAUUGACACAUCCAUCUGCCAAUCGCCUAAUGUGGGGCUCAGAGCUCAUGACCAUCCAUCCCAACGUCCAGAGUACCCACUACAUGACACAAGUCAUUCACAGAAUCAGAGCAGCAGAUCAUCUGACCGCCUCUCUGUUAUAGCAUUUCCCGAGAUCUACUAGAGCGUGAAAAAAUACGCUAAUGAUGACCCUUGCGUCCGAUUGCCCACUAACAGCUACGAGGGUGGGAAAGCUAGUCGUGAGGCACCAACUCCGCAACCUUGAUGCGAUGGAGCGUUUCAUGCGAAAGCGGAUGAGCCGGUCAACUGUUGUCGUUGUGAUGGGGUUGAGGCUAGACUUAGGGAUUCACGUCGGAGGAGCAUUCGGUCGCCGAAGGGACUCUACACCGCCGGUUGUAGAGCUUGUAUUCCAUGGGAGAGACCUCCGUGGAACGCUCCGACAGUGCCGCUGUAGCCGAUGGGCGUCCGUUGAGUUGUUCAGGG